AUGUCUAUUGUACGACCUCGGAUCCGGUGUAAGAUCACUUUGCGCGUCCCCACGACGCGUACAUAUAACACCGUCCGCUCACCCACUACGGACUUUGAACUUCAAACAAAGCCCAAACACCGAGUCGCAAAGAUAGUCACCGACCUUGCACAUCAGCUUACAAUACCAAAUUUCAACGAGACUUCUUAUUCCAACAAUCGCCAAUAUGCCCAACUUCCACCCCUACUUCCCGCGCCCACGCUACACAUCUCCCACCUCCUCAUCACCAAGCACACCUCAAAUCUCUACCCCCUCCUCGCCCUCGUUGCAGCCACAGCAAGCGCCCAGUCAGCAACCACAGCAGCAGCAACAGUCCUCAUCCCAGACUGCUGCGUAACUGAAACUACAACAACCGUCACCGUCUUGGAACAAAAAGAUCUCAGCGCAUACUUCAGGCGUUUAGGCGGGUGCGAGUAG